ACUCCGGGGUAGACGGGACCGGGCCGGGGGUGAGGGCGGCGGGUUGUGAGCUGUCAUAGAAGCAGGACGGCGGCUUGGCUACGGUUGGAGAGGAGAAGGAGGUGUGAGCGGAGGGGCGUGUCGUGGGCGGGGUUGCUCGGUGUCAGUUACAUGCAUUGUGUAGGGAAAUAAUAGUUCCUCCGCGGGCUGACAACACAGCGGGCGGCCCCUCAGCCUCAUCUCCAGUGACAGCUCGGACCCUCCCUGGAGAGCUCAUAGCAUCUCACUGACAUCCCGGGCCCAUGGAGCAGCUGCCCAGUAAUCUCCAGGUCCUGCUGCAGGCAGCCGAGUACGUGGAGCGGAGAGAGCGGGAAGCUGAACAUGGAUAUGCCUCCAUAUUGCCUUGCAACACUGCCACUCCUGGAAGAAGGAAACGACAGAGAACAAACAGCAAUCCAGACAGCGUUAGGUCUGUCCACAAUGAGCUAGAGAAGCACAGGAGAGCACAACUGCGGAGAUGCUUGGAACAACUGAAGCAACAGGUUCCUCUGAGUAUUGAAGCAUCACGACACACAACACUCAGCCUCUUGCACAGAGCCAGACAGCACAUCAAAAAAUUGGAGGAUCAGGAGCUAAAAGCAAAGCACCUUAAGGAUAAACUGAGAUCGGAACAACAGAGGCUCCGACAGAGAUUAAAACAACUUAUACCUUCCAAUGGCACUGAACGAAUCCGAGCUGAUAGCCUAGACUCCUCUGCCUUGUCAUCUGAGAGAUCAGACUCUGAUCAAGAAGAUUUGGAGGUUGAUGUUGAAGGAAUAAUCCUGAGUGGUAAUGAAGGAGACCUCUUUGUGUCUUUCAGUGCUGGUAUGGAGCACAGUUACUCCACUCCUGCUCACGCCUGGUUAUGACGGCAGCAAGCAUGCAAAGACUGAUACAGCAGUAACACGUUUUUAGCUAGCAAUCUUGGUAGCAGAAACACUUGUAUUGUCUCUCGAAGAAGUGAGGAUGCAAUGGUUGCAUAACUACCCUAUUAUAAGGGGGAACCCAGUGUUGGCAUAGCAGCUCUUUUCAAACCUUGGACUUCUGCUACCAUUUUUAUUUUAUUUUUUGGCUCUUAUUAAGAACUUUUAAAUGGUGGGGUAUACGCCAGUAAUGCUAUGGUCACUGGAUACUUUCUGUUCAGCUACACCGUUUUUAGUUAUAUGGAUACGUUUUUCAGGUCAUUGGUUAAAGUACAUAUUACAAGCUGUGGGGCUGAAUGGCUUUCUUAAAGAUGCAUAGAUACACGACCCUUACUGGACUAUCUGGCCCAGAAGACUUGCUGGGAGAGAACCUUGAGCAUUAAGCAACCAGCAACUGGUGCUACUGUGAUUACCUAACUUAUUGUACAAUUUUAAUGCUAGGAAAACUUUCUCCACCUCUCUGUGCACUGGUUGCACUCCUGGAUGCCUGUAAAGAAGCACUUAAACUAUGUGUGCACUUGAAGAAUCACAAUAAUAAAAAAAAAAAAAAAAAAUCUUUAUUUUUGAUCCUUAAUCUGAGCGCUCAGAUGCUGCAGGACACCUGAAGAUUUUGUCAACGCCAUUCUUGUGUUCUCACACCAAAUAAACUUGCAUAACCCUCUGCAAAAAAAAAAACAGCUACUUUAUAAAUCAUCGAUUUUAUGCAUCGUAUUUUUAAGCCUGCGAGAGGGUUUUUCAGUGUUUACAGAAUGGAUUUUUAAAUUGUGAAACAUUUUAAAUGUUACCUGCGCUUGCUGAGGAAAGCAAGCAUCUUGCUCAGGCCUGGAUUAGCUGUUUUAUUAAGACACUCGGAGGACAAUGAACUGUCCUCGUUCCUGACAGGGACUCAACAAUCUUUAUAACAGGUGCAGCCUACUUACAUUCCGGAGCUCAGCUGACAUUUUUAAUAUACUGGUGUUGGCUCUGAGAAAAGAGAUUUGCUUCUCUAAAUAAGCUUUUUAUAUUGUAACCUCUAUUUUAGUAAAUGUGUUUUGUUCUGUAAAAA